AUGGCAUGGCCGUGCAUUACUCGUGCUUGCUGCAUCAAUCGCUUCUGGAGCGAGCUGGACAAAGCGGACAUCGCUGUGCCUUUGGUCUUCACCAAAUACUCGGAUGUGGCAGAGGUGCAGCAUGUGGCACAUCAUCCGCAGCCCAGGCUGAGCCGCCCUGCCGCUAUUGCCAUAGAAACCCAGCCUUAUCCCGCAGAGCACGAGCCAUCCGCAAAGGCGCCACCCGCAAAAGAUGGCUCUUCUGCCUCCGUCAUGCGCCAAGACUUCAAGGCGUGGAAAGUGCGCCCCGAGCCCAGCUGCAAACCCAGGAACGAGUACCAGCCUUCACCGGGCCCGUUCAUCAAUGAAACCCAGUACCAGAAGGACUACAAGGCCUGGCCCCUCCCCAAGAAGCACGACCACCCUUGGAUCCCCAAGUCCGCAGAGAGUGCAGACACCGGGCCAGAGAAAAGUGAGCUCGAGGAGAAGGUGCAUGAGAAGGAGACGAGAGGCACAAAGAGAGCCCCAUCCGAGGAGAGGAAACCUGCGGACAAGUCUGAGAGACAAGUGUGCGCACAAGUGAACGCAGAGCAGCGUAAAGGCCGGGCGGCUGCAGACGCACACAACAGGCACAUCAAGGAGGUCAUGACCACCUCCAGUAGCUACAGGACAGAAUUUAAGGCAUACAAAGGUGUGAAACCUUCCAAGCCCAUCAAAGCUCCUGCUCAGUACAAGCCGCCCGGGGCGGAGGAGACCAGUCUGGAGACCAGCUACAGUGCCACAUUCAAAGGGGAGCAGGUCAAGGCUCAUCCCACAGAUAACAAACUGCAGGAGCGCCGCAGAAUACGUAGCCUCUACAGUGAACCCAGCAAGGUGGAUAAACCAGUGCCACGUGCUAAACCGAAAAAGACACCAACUACAACAACCACAAAGAUGACGAAAAAGGCAAAAGAAAAGCAGAUUUCCAGCUCUCUGUUGAUAAAGAAGAAACCCAGUGUUGCUGAAGCCAAACCUGAAGCAGUAGUGACGAAGAAGAGCAAAGAGUUGAGUAAUAGACGCGCUGAGGCAAAGCAUUAG